AUGCAGAGAGACUAAAGGUUUUAAUAGUAAAAUAGGUAUUUAUAAAUUUCUCUUAAGUAUUUCAAGAAAUCAAGAUUAAUAGGAAAAUACAUAAAGAAUUCAAAAUUAAUCAUCACUUUAAUAUACUCAAGGACUUUGUUUUAUCUCAGCUUUGCUUUAUGGUGUAAUGAUUUUGAUACUUGUUACUUUAAUUCUAUCAAUUAUUGCAAUUAGCUAAAAUAUUGAAUAAUAAUAGGUAGUUUAUUUAUGUAUUUUACUAAUCCUUUUGUUAACAGCACUAUUUGGAUGUACUGUGUAUAUAAAAUUAUAAUUCUCUGAAGCUGAAAAAAAUUAAAUUAAAAUGCACAAUGAAGUUCAGAUGAAUAUUUGGGUUUAUUCAACCCAUUACUUUUUUUUUUAAUAUACAAACUAGUCUAAAUUCAUUCUAAUCAGAUUAACCUAUUUGUAUUGUGUAUUCUCUAUUUACUUUUUGGCAUAAAAUAUAAUAUAUAAGACUUAUUAUGAAUGUUAUGAUGAGAAAAAUGAUCACCAUUAUUAAACUGAUUCUUUAGAUGAAAAUUAAGAUUAUGAUGAUUGUAUAAGAAAUGAAAUUCCAGCUAAGUUUUAAGGGCCUAUGCUAAUUCCAUUAGGAACAAUAUGCCUAAUAGUAUCAUUUACAUUUUUUGUAUAUGAAAUCAUAAAAAUCUGUUAAUAGAUUUAUUUGAUUUAUAAAUUCUGUAUAUACCCUUUUUAUUAAUAUGAUAUGACAAACAUAAGUAAAGAUAACUCUCUUAUUCAAUAGAUAUUCCAUAAGUAAUAAUUUAAACUAAAGUAUUUUUUACUAUCUUUUUUAUUAAUAAUUUAGGGAAAUUUAUAUCUUUAUUGGUAAUAAUACUUUUGACUCCGAAUAAUUCUUCAUAUAUUUUAAUUUCAUCGAAUUUAUUUUACUAUUUUGUAAUGAUGAUAUUUAUUCUAUCAUUUUUUUUUUAAAUUGCUAAAUGUAAUUAUAUAUUUUUAAUAUUAGUGGAUAAUAAUUAUCAAUAAAAUAAUAACUUAGAGUUUGUUGAUUAUUAAUUAUUAAUAGAUUCAUUAUUAAGAAGGAGUAACAACUAAAAUAUAAUAUUUAAACUCUUUAUAACAAUAUGUUUGAUUUUUACAAUUGUUGGAAUAUCAUUGUUUGAAAAUUAGAUGGACAGAUCUUAUGUAAUAAUAAAUUAUGAUAUAUUUAUUGAAUAUGAUAGUGGAAUAGUUUAAUUAAUAUUUCUAGGACUGAUGUUUAUAAAAUAUUUGAUUAUUCCACUUUCAUCUAAUCAAAAUAUUAGGAACUUGACUUAAAUUAAUUAAUAAGUGUACGUGCAAAAUUAAGAACACUAAUAAAUCAUUUAACAAUAGUAAUAACCUUAACAAGGAGUAAAUUAAAUUCAAAUUAAUAAUAAUAUUUAAAUAAAUUUACCUUAAAAAAGGUUGGUACCUAUUUCAAAUAUAAAUAAAAAUUUUAUUUACCAAGUAAUACUUAAAGAUAAAACAGAUUGUACAAUUUGUUUGCAAUAACUUAUUUAAAAUUCAUAAGAGAAUCCUAUUGUAUAAUUAAAAUGUCACAUUUCUCAUAUUUUUCACUAAAAAUGUAUUUAGGAUUGGUUGACCCAAAUAAAAAAAUGCCCAAUUUGUAACAUAGAAUUUUCAUGA